AUGUUUUCAUAUCUAUCUAUCUAUCUAUCUAUCUAUCUAUCUAUCUAUUAUCUAUAUCGCAGUCUGUUCAUCUCUAUCUAUCUAUCUAUCUAUCUCAUUCACUACAAACCCAAAAACACACACACACAUAUACCAUUCUCUUCAUCUCUCUCUGUCUCUCUAUCUGUUUAUCUUCAUAUCUAUCUACCUCAGUUUGUUCAUAUCUUUCUCAAUCUGUUUCUAUCUAUCUAUCUAUCUAUCUAUCUAUCUAUCACUUUCUCUUCAUAUAUGUCUGUCUAUCUAUCCAUCCAUCCAUCUAUUUUGUUCUCUUCCUAUCUAUCUAUCUAUCUAUCUAUCUAUCUAUCUAUCUAUCUAUCUAUCUAUCUAUCACAUUCUUUUCAUAUCUAUUUACCUACAUACCUCCCUAUCUAUCUAUCUAUCUAUCUAUCUAUCUAUCUAUCUAUCUAUCUAUCUAUCUUGGAAAUAUAA